AGAGCAACAGGGGCAGGCAGGGGUGUCGUUUUCACGAGGGAGUGUCAGGGUGGGAGGAGGCAAAGCGAAGGGAGAGCGAGAGAGACUGCUGGGUGUGUCAGUCUGAGGGAGAGAGAGGAAGAGACGGGCUCCCAGCAGCAACAGGAGGACCUGCCACUCUCUCGGCCGGGCCAUGGGGGAUGUCAUAUCCAGUCACCUGGACGAGAGCCGGCGCAACUACAUCACAGAGUGUACGGGAAAACUUCUCACAGAGUUUGGGAAGCUGUAUGAAGAGCAGUAUGGGGUCGCACUCUUUAAUAGUAUCCGCUAUGAAAUCGAAGGCAACGGUGGACCUCAGACACAGCUACUACAUCGGAAAGCUCCUCUUAAAGACCGGGUGAUAUUUUCAGGAAACAUUUACCAGUAUUUGGAAGACACCAAGAAAUGGAGGAAUCGAUACUGUCUGGUUCCUCACCAUUACGGACCAGUCCUCUAUGAGAACAAGACAACAUUUGAGCGUGGCCUUCAGCCCAGGGCUGGAAUCAACUGUGCAGGCAUUAAAGUUCUCACCUCUUUGGAACAAUAUGGAGAUUUGAUGAAUGCCAGUGUGCCAGGUGGAAAGGUGAAGGCAGGAGGCGCACAGAUCAAAUGUGCAACACCGUUCCCAGUCAUCUUGUGGCACCCAUAUAGCCGACACCAUUUCUUCUGUGUAACAAAUGAGAAGGAGCAGGAGAGGUGGAGUGCUGUUUUCCAGGACUGUGUGCGCCACUCCAAUGAUGGUAUUCCCGAAGAACCGCGUUUGGAAUCGGCUGCCUUCACUGACUCGGUGCGGCUCUAUAGACAAGCUCGGGACCAAUAUGGGACUUGGGAUAUGAUGUGUGGGAAUCAGGUGCAGGUGCUGAGCAACUUGGUGAUGGAGGAUCUGACCCCUGACUUAAAAAACAUCAUCUGUCCCAAACUGAAGGGGAAACCCCAGGAGAGGCAGAGAAUGUGGAUGCUGAUUUCAGACACAGUUUACCGCAUGGUGUAUGAGCAGACUCGACACUUCUAUGAAGGGUUGGAGAAAAGGUGCUCGGAGAAAAGAGCCGCAAUGGAGAGCCAGAUCCGAACCAACAUGGACCAGAUCAUCUCUUGCAAGGAACAUGUGUCCAACAAGAUUCGAGCGAUGGUGCUGCCCAAGGCUGAGCUGUGUGUGAGGAAUCACGUUCAGUCUCACAUCUCAUCCAUUUUGGAUGCCUUGAUGGUUCCAACAAGUCAGGGCUUUGCCGAGGUGCGCGAUCUAAUCUUCAGAGAGACAACGGAGAUGAACAUGAAUCUAGUGAAUGAGGGAGGGCGAGAAAAACUGGGAGAGCAAAUGGAGAAGCUGUCACAACUGGCCUACCAUCCAGUGAAAAUGCAGCAGUGCUACGAGAAAAUGGAUCAGCUGAAUCUAGAAGGCCUGCAGCAGAGGUUUGAUGUGGGAAGCCCAGCCGUGUUCAAGCAGAGAGCACAGAUACUCAUGAGGGAGCAAAUGGAUAAUGCUGUCUACACAUCUGAGCAGCUGGUACACCAAGAGCUGAGCAAGUCAGAAAGUGGAUCAAACCUGUGCAGAGACAUUCAGCGUAUACUGGAGCGUGUUCUCAAGAAAUAUGACUAUGAUAGUAGCAGCGUGAGGAAAAAGUUCUUCCAAGAGGCUCUGCUACAGAUUAUCAUCCCCUUCCUUCUGAAGAAGUUGGCACCCACCUGCAAGGCGGAGUUCCCACGUUUCCAAGAGCUUAUAUUUGAAGACCUUUCACGCUACGUGCUGGUGGAGAACACUUACGAAGAGGUUGUGCUACAGAGCGUGAUGAGAGACAUUGUGCAAGCUGUUAAAGAUGCUGCCACUCAGCGCAAACACAAUUUGUACAGGGACAGCAUAGUAAUGCACAACAGUGACCCCAACCUACAUCUGCUGGGGGAAGGACCACCGAUUGAUUGGAGUCAAGAUUAUGCUGACCACAGUGAACCCUCUUAUGCGAAUCGACAAGGUAGACUGCGCCAGGUGGUGUCUAUGCUCCAUGAAGAUGAAGGACCUGACAUACCAGGUUCCUGCCAGGAAGUGCCAGCACAAGAACGUAUUGCAGAAGUUACAGAGGACAGUGACGUUGCAGGUUCUUGCCAGGAAGUGCCAGCAGACAGUGAUGUAGCACAGAUUAGGGGCAUGCUGAUUAAAGAGUUUGAUAUGGAGAUUCCAGUUACAACUGUAUCUACAGUACCAACAUCAGAGGUUGCCAGAAGUGCUGCCACAGAGGAAGAAGAGACAACCAGUGACAAAGCCCAAUCAGGCCCACCAAGUGCAAGUGAGAGGAGUAACUCAGAGGACGAGGAGGUGGAAAAGGCAAGGUUAUUACUUGCUUCUGAGCUUGCCAGACAGUUGGCUGAAGAAGAGGAACAGUAUCACGCUGAUGUACAUAUAACUCAAGAUGAUGUGACUCAUAGCGAAAAGUAUGUGCUUCAUAGUUCUGACCAAACUGAUGCACCCCAACCAGUAACGUUGAAAAAUGGGGAAAUUGCACAUAGUGACAAUGAGAUGGACCCAGAAAGCGAUCAAGGAGGAGCACUGAGAUAUUUAACACAUAGAGUGGACACCCACGCUUCCCUGGAAAUACCCAGGGUAACAGAAAUCUUGCCCUGUCAUCCACCAAGGGAAGUAAGUGCUGCCCUAGAAGAGGAGAGCCAGCCGAAAGCAGGACAGCACUCCCCUACCCACGUGAUACAUUCCACUCCCGAUGAUAGUGGCUUUCAGUCUCCAAUAAGUGAGGGAGAGGAGGAGGGUGAAGGCUACACUGAAAUGCCAGUUCCUGCUCCACGAAAGAGGGAUGAAAUCAACACCCAGUUCUAAGCAACCACAUGCUGGACUGGAGCACAGGUGUUAAAAUGAACUCCUAUGGAGGGCAAAGCCAGGCUCUCGCCUUCUUCUCAUAGAGAAACAAAACUGCUUAUUUAAAUGCUUUGUGGCUCUGUUACAUGCUGCCCGUUGGUAUAAAGUCUCCAUUCAUUGCCACACUCAUGUGCUGCUUUUCUACAUAAUCCUGUCCAGUGGGGUGCCAUGCAGUUGCACAAUCCCAGGUAUGCUGUCUCUGCAAAGCUACCCUUUUUUCCCCUAAUUUCUUUGGCUUUUGCCAUUUUAUUUCCUAUUCCAUUCAGAAGCUGCAUUAACGCUAUCUCUGUAUAUAUACACCCUAUGCUUUAGCUUAACACUUUGCCACCCACACUGCAAUGCCAUUACAGCCAACCAGCACCCCCACAUGGCACUACCACAUUCUACACUUCACUGAAGAAUAUGAACACUAAUCCAGAGGUGCACUAGAACAUUUCUUCUUUGCAUGUCACAAAGUGGUCUUAAAUCUUGUGAGUGGUGGUGCAGGUGUUGUUUGUGUGGCACAGACUUGUCCUAUCCUCCUGUGCCAUCCAUGCGGAUUAAAUGAGGCUUUUUGAGUGUGUAACAAAACACCAGGGCUGUGUGUAUGUAUGUGUUUGAGGACUGACACAGCAAAAACAAUCUUAUUAAAACUCAUUAGUGGGGGGGGGGGGGGGUAACCUGCUCCAGCGUUCCCUUGACCAAAUAGUGCAGUGCAAAUGGAGGCCCUCCUGAUGUUUUUUAAAUAAAACUUCCAGCGCCCUUUAGCAGUCAGUGGGGUUCAACAUCACCUAGUUGGCCUCCAUUUGUCUCUGCAUGAAAGAGUGCCUUUUGAUAUCCCAUUCCUGCUUCCCCCUUUCAAAAUAUAUUUUAUUAAAACAAAUGUUUAAAAUAAAAAUGCUUCUGAUGAUAAAUAAAAGAAACCUUUAUUAUAA